AUGUACAAGAUCGUCUGGGCCUUACGUCACAUUGGACGAGCUAAGAGAAUGGCAGUUGGUGACACUUUCACUGGAACAACAAAGGGAACCCAAUUUGUUUUGCUCGGUCUAAGACUCUGUGCACAGUAUGAAGUUCAUGUUGCGGCUGCAACGGUGGCUGGCUUAGGUCCAAAUGCUACUCAAGGUGUUACCACAUCAAGACCAGGAGAACCGCAUAACCUGAAGCCACGUAGAAUAGGAAAAUCUUUUAUUACUUUGGCAUGGGAAAAGCCAAAAGGAAUGAUAGAAGAUGAAACAGACUAUAUGGUAUAUUUUAAGGGUUCCAAGCCAUACUGGCCUGAAUAUGGAUCUCCACUCAAAUCUGAAAAGCAAGAUGGUAAACAAACAACACUUAAGAUAGACAACUUGCAGCCAGGGACAYACUAUGAAUUCUGGGUAACAGCGUUGACAGUUUGUGGUGAAAGCAACAGGAGUUUAACAGAAACAGUGCAAACAAAAGUGGACAAGCCUCGUAUUGAACAUCAAGUAACUCCUUUGAUUCUUAGAGACAGCUUUAACGUCACAUUAUGGACAUUCAAACCACACAAUGGACCAAUUAGCUUGUACCAGGUAAUCGUAAUCAGUGGUAGAAAUAAGAGCAUGACCGAAAUACCAGAACACCUUAGUGACUACCAAGAGGCCAGCAACAAUAACGAACUGUUCUACAUCACAGCCGAGCUAACACCUCACCAAAUAAAGACUGCAGGAAUGUUUGUCAUCGGUGACAAUAGAAUGUAUGGGAAAUACAAAAACGUGCCUUUGGAAAAGGGUCAGGAUUACACCGUAGCUGAGAGAGCAAUCACAAAAUAUAAAGGGCAAACCUACAAGAGUGACCCAGUCCUUAUUGCAUCAAUCGAAGUUACUGGAGGUAAUUAGAUGCUAUGCUUAUGAAAACAGUUUAUUCAACUUGAAGGCAUACAUGCUAGCUAUAGACCGAAUAWAGAUAGAUCAGCUUGGAGAGGGAAUAAGUACAAAGUAGGCGAAGGGAAAGGCACUGGGCUAGUCUAGAAGUCUAGAAAGUUGACGAAAGACUUAUUUCCUAGAUCUACUGAAUCUAUUAUUGACUUAAUGAGGUGCGCGCCUUUUUGGAACAUUAAAAACUAUUCUUCGAAAUGUUUUCCUUAAUAUUGCAAACUAUAUAUUCUACUUUCCAAUGCUGAUGUCACUUAUUGGAAACCGCUGUAAAUGUAGCUGAUAAUGAUCCCAUUCCAUGGAGAUAAGAAACGUUCAGAAGUA